GCGUUAUCGCAUUUUUAAACAAUCGCCACAGCCGCAAACAAGUUGUGAUUUGGUUUGAUUACAAUUUCCGCAAAAAUUGGACCAAAGGCAGAAAAAGAACCGGCAGCAGGACAUGGAGGAAGUUGCGCCGCGCUUAAAGGUGCUGGAGGAGGCGUUUAACGGCAAUGGAAACGGAUGCGGCAGCGUGGAGGCCACCCAAUCGGCCAUUUUGAAAGUGCUGACGCGGGUGAAUCGCUUCCAGGUGCGCGUCCGCAAGCACAUCGACGACAACUACACGGAGUUUAUGCCGAACGACACCUCGCCGGACAUUUUCCUGGAGGAGUCGGCCUCCUUGAACCGGGAGAUCCACGAUCUUCUGGAGACGGUGGGCUCCGAAGGAUUGGGCGCUUUGGACGAGGCGAAUGCCAAGUUGGCUGACAGCGGAAGACAGCUACGGGAGAUCCUGUUAGGCCUCGGAGUCAGCGAGCAUGUGCUUAAGAUCGACCAGUUGUUCCAGUGCGUGGAGGAGGCCAAGACCACUAAGGAUUACCUGGUUAUCCUGGACCUGGUAGGGCGAUUGAGGGCUUACAUCUACGGCGAUGAGACAAGAGACGGAAAUGAGGGUUCGCAGGUUGCGACGCCGGAGGUGCGCCGCAUCUUCCACGCUCUUGAGUGCUAUGAGACCAUCAAGGUGAAGUACCACGUCCAGGCCCAUCUGCUGCAGCAGAGCCUUCAAGAUCGGUUCGAUCGGAUGGUGCAGCUUCAGUGCAAAUCCUUUCCCACAUCGCGCUGCGUCACGCUGCAGGUGAGCCGUGAUCAGGCGCAGCUGCAGGACGUGGUGCAGGCCCUUUUCCAGGAGCAUUACAAUCCUGUGCGUCUCUGCGAAUUUUUGCUGGACAACUGCAUCGAACCGCUGAUUCUACGGCCUGUGAUGGCCGAUUACAGCGAAGAUGUCGAAGGUGGUUCCCACGUCCGGUUGUCGCUUUCGUACGCCACCAAAGAGCCUAGCUCUGCGCAGCUCCGCCCGAACUACAAAGAGGUUUUGAACAAUUUCCGGCUGCUGCUGCAAACGCUGGCCGGGAUCAACAGCAGUGUGUCUAGCGAACAGCAUGUGUUCAGCAUCAUUGGCGAUCAUGUUAAGAAUAAGAUGCUCCAGCUGCUGGUGGAUGAGUGCCUGAAACCAGCCGUUCCCGAGACCAUGGAGGAUUAUCAGUCCUCGACGCUGUGCGAAGAUGUCACCCAGUUCGAACAACUGCUAGCGGACUCUUUCCUCAUCAAUCCAGAGCAGGAUCGAGCACUGGGGAAGUUUGUCGAGGAGUACGAAACCUACUACCGCAAUCGACUGUUUAGUCGGGUUCUGGAAACGGCGCGCGAGAUUAUCCAGCGGGAUUUGCAGGACAUGGUACUGGUGGCGCCCAACAAUCUAGCCACCGAAGUGGCGAACGACCCUUUCCUCUUCCCCCGGUGCAUGAUCUCCAAGAGUGCACAGGACUUUGUGAAACUAAUGGACCGCAUCCUGCGCCAACCCACGGAAAAAUCGGGCGAGGACGAAGCCGAUCCUCUGGCCGGCGUCAUUGCCAUCAUGCUCCACACCUAUAUCAAUGAAGUGCCCAAGGUGCACCGAAAACUGCUCGACAGCAUUCCACAGCAGGCGGUGCUGUUCUACAACAACUGCAUGUACUUCACCCACUGGGUGGCUCAGCAUGCCAACAAGGGCAUCGGAAGUUUGGCGGCGCUGGCCAAAACGCUGCAGUCCACCGGGCAACAGUAUUUCCGGGUGCAGGUCGACUACCAGGCGGGUAUAUUAAUGGAGAUCAUGCAGGGCUUUGAGUUCGAGAGCCCACACACUCUUGGCUCCGGUCCACUGAAGCUCGUCCGCCAGUGUCUCCGCCAGCUGGAGCUACUGAAGAACGUCUGGGCCAAUGUGCUUCCGGAUACAGUGUUCAAUGCCACCUUCUGCGAGCUGAUCAACACCUUCGUCGCCGAACUGAUCCGCCGUGUUUUCACGCUGCGCGACAUUUCCGCCACGAUGGCCUGUGAGCUGAGCGACCUUAUCGACGUGGUGCUGCAACGGGCGCCCACACUCUUCCGCGAGCCGAACGAAGUGGUUCAGGUCAUCAGCUGGCUAAAGCUGCAGCAGCUGAAGGCCAUGAUGAACGGCUCGCUCAAGGAGAUUACGGAACUGUGGUGCGACGGCGCCGGUCCGCUGACCGCCAGCUACAAGGCGGACGAAAUCCGGCACAUCAUCCGGGCGCUCUUCCAGGACACGGAUCGUCGGGCCAAGGCCAUUACCCAGAUUGUUUAAGCUCUACACCAGAUUGGAUGGAUUUUUUGCGAAGAGGUGGUGAUCUGUGUAGCCAAUUUAAUUUUGCUACUUAACGGAGUCGAAAUUGAAGGAAUAUCGCUUUUGUAGAUUAUUAUUGUAACUGUUAUAAAUGCCAAAAACAAUGAAAAGUUUAAUGAAGAAUCGAUUCAAAAUCGGAAAAUAAAAUUACCUACGUGAAGUUGUAAUAUAUAUUUUGAAAA